AACAUUACUUUGUGUAUUGUUAUACAUUACUACAAGUUCAUUUCCCCAAGGGAAUCAAUAAAGUCUUAUCUUAUUGACAUUAUCUGUUUUUCCCAGGCACUCCAUGUUUACCCAACAGAGCUUUAGGAUCCACUGUGACAACGCCUGCAGUCCUGCCGUCUGUCCAGCACUAACAUGGCCAAGGACCAGCCAAAUGUCUUUGACCUACUCCCGUUUUUGGAGUCUACAGAUCUCCAUGAGCUGGAGCAAGUCAGAAGUGCCCUACAAGAGAACCUUAGCACAGAUAAAGGAGCUGUGCUUCUUUAUGGCCUUGUGGAUUAUUAUUUGGACACCAACUCUCCUCAGGCGGUGGAUCUUCUGUCCUCUGUCAGAGAGCCCCACGACAAGCACCUUUUAGACAAGAUGAACGAGUGUCUGGUCAAGCCAGGCUGCAGAUUACCAAUCCUCACACUCUUUGGCCAUGUUGUUCGCAAGCAGCCACCCUGGAUCCACAAGAUUGCUCGCUUUCCUUUGCUUUCUUCACUGCUCAAAUGCCUCAAGACUGAGUCUGAUGUCGUGGUUCUCAUCACUGGAGUGUUGGUGUUGAUCAUUCUGCUGCCUAUGAUACCACAAAGCAGCAAACAACUUCUGUUUGAGUUUUUUGACAUUUUUGGACGGCUGGCAGCCUGGAAUCAAAGAAACCCAGGACAAGCUCAGGAAGUGUAUGCAGUUCAUCUUCAUGCCAGCGUGUACUCACUCUUCCACCGUCUCUAUGGCAUGUACCCUUGCAAUUUUGUGUCCUACCUAAGAGCCCACUACAGUAUGAAGGAGAAUGUGGACACUUUUGAGGAGGUGGUUAAGCCAAUGCUGGAACAUGUGCGAAUACAUCCAGAGCUCGUCACUGGAACCAAAGACAAUGAACUGGAUCCAAUUAGGUGGAAAAGGUUUGAGACCCACGACAUUGUGAUCGAAUGUGCCAAAGUAUCUAUAGACCCUAAAGAGGCAUCUUGUGAGGAAGGCUACUCAUCCCUUCCUGACCAUGUGCCACGGCGCCUCCUUGACGGCAGCAGGUCCUGCUCGGAUCUCAGCAGCCAUGGUACUUCAUCUUUCACCUCUAUGGCUGCAGUUCGCCACCCCCUGUCCCUUUCUCUACCCCAUCUCACAGUCACUCAGCAAGCAGGCCUCAGUCCACAGACCUCUAGAGUUCAAGGUCUUGAAGCAAUGUCCUCAGGGAUGAAGGAGCUCAUGUGGAGCCCUUCUUCUGUAUGUGGGAUGAGCACCCCUUCAAGCUCCAGAGGAAUGUCCCCUACCACCAUUUCUGAUCUCUCACAUAGUGCCUCCCACCUUUCGGGACGGGUCCCCAGCACACCAGUGGAUGGAAAGUCUGUCUGCACACCCUCAGGGUAUUCCCUUCUAUCACCCUCGGAGGAACUGGAGCACACUGCCCAACCCACCAGCACUACCCCUGUUCCUCCUAAGACAAAUCAGGAGCUAGUCAAAGAGCUUAAAAAAGGCAGGCCGACUAGUAUCAUCGAUAAAGCAGAUGGUUUAAAUCCCUUUACACUGACAGAGGUCUCUGACUUUGUAAAGAGGACAGAGAGGGAGGGGGAGGAAGAAUCUAUCGCAAAGGAGUUGCUGACACUAACCCAGGACAAACUUGACCCCCUUUCCAUGCCAGCCGAGGACUCAUCGUUCUCCAGCACCACUGACCCUCUCCUCUCUUUAAACCCCAGACAGUACACAGUGCCUCAUAAUUUAGCCUCCACCCCAGAUAGGGUUAUGAGUAAUGCUAUGAGAGUGGAACAGCAACCUUCCUGGCCCUGUUUUACUCCCAUAGAGAAUACUCUCAGCCCUUCUGCAGCUGUAGAUGCCUCAGUGGAUCUUUGGAAGGGCUCUGUACACUAUGAGCCACUGUUUGACCUGGCCCUGCCCAAACUGGCCUCUCUAUUUGUGGAGAGGAGGACAGCAGAGUCCCAGCAAAAGGCUGGAGGCGAGAGGGAGUACAGAGAAGAGCUGGAGGGCGAGGAUCUCUCUGCCACGUCUCCUUUGGAGGUGCUGGAUCGUCUUAUUCAGCAAGGCCAUGAUGUUCAUGAAAAAGUCAUGAAGAGAUCUGCUUCUUUGUUAAACCAGUCAGCUGAGCUGAACUCUGGAGGUAAACAUCAUAGCACUAAAGGAAAAGUCCCCGGAGCCCCAGAUGAGCUAGUGCUGUUGCGCAGUCAGCUGUUGCUGCUGCAUAACCAUCUGCUUUAUGAAAGACACAAAAGAGAGCAGCACGCACUGCGUAAUCGUCGCCUCCUCCGCCGUGUCAUCAAUGCCACUGCACUGGAAGAGCAGAACAAUUCUAUGAAGGCUCAGCUGAGAUUGCAGGAGGUGGAGAUUCAGGCUCUGCGGCUAAGUCUACAGGAAGAGCACCAGCGGUCCAAGCGUCUGCAGCAGGACGGAGAAGCGCAGGUGCAGCAGCUGCACACUCAGCUCCAGCAGCUCCAACAGGAGAGGAAUGAGUACUGUACCAAAACCCAGGAGCUGCAGAGUGACUUGCAGGAAAGCCAUAAGAAAAUGGGUGAGAUGGAAGCAGAGCUGCAGAGAGCCAAUAACAAAGUGUGCAAUACAGGACAUUUGCUCAGCCAGUUGUCCAUCAAGCUUAAUAACAGUGAAAGUAUGGAGCAGCAGAUGGCCUUCUUGAACAAACAGCUGUUACUGCUAGGGGAAGCCAACAAAUUGUGUGUGCAGGAAGUCCAUCGUCUGGGACCUGACUCACAAAAGGAGCUAAAGAUGCUGCAGGUGUGUUCCUCACGAGAGACUGAGCGGUUAAGGCAAAACUCCAUCCAGCAGAGCCAGAGACUGGAGGCAGCCCAGCAACGCAUAGCAGACCUGGAGACCCAGCUCACCAAGAAAGAGCACCUCAUCCUGGAGCAAAAGAAACUGCUGGAGAACGUGAAAAACCAGGCCAAGGGGCAGCUGCAGGCUUCUGAGAACAGGUAUCUAGCCCAAAAACAUGUGACUCAGGCACUGCAAGCAGAGCUUCUCUACCUCUACAGCCAACUGGAGCUCAGCAAUCUUUCAGACAGAAAACCAGCAGGGGGCACAGAUGAGCUCAGUAGUCCCCAAAAGCAGAGGUCUAAUGGCAGCAAUGCAUCCACAUCAGCCCAAACCUCCAAGUCAGACGAAAAACAGGAGAGUUCUAACAUUUGUAUCAAUGGUGAUCUCUUACCUCUCUUUUCUGGAUCUCCACCAUCCAGUGCACUGGUUAAUGGCAGUUUGGAAGAAGAUCUUUCUGUCGUCUCCUGCAGCUCACCUUUGGGUGUAGGGUCCUAUCCAAGUUCCCAGAGCUUUCUGGGAUUGCACAACCAAGUUCUGCUGAAGAAAACAAAAAGGGUGUAUGAGGAGGAGCAGGUGGAAGUGUCCCCACUGCCCAUUGGCCUUCAGGAGCAGAGCUUAAAGCCUGCUGAAAAAUGUCUCCCCAGCAGUGCUUCUGAGGCUGCAGUGAUCCAGAAGCUGGUAGAGAUGCCAGAGCUUCAGCCCAUGGAUCGACACAGGGCCCGGGCUUACAAUGUCCAGAGUCGGAGGCAGCACGACCUGCGCAUCAUGGACUACAACGAGACCCAUCAGUAGAAAACUUAGAAGAGCAAGGUUGGGUUGCAGACUUGCUUGCAAACACCAGAUAGAACAGGAAAAGAUGUUUCACUUCUGCAGCACUCUUUUAUUUAGUUAAAAGGUGACUGCAUUAUUUUAAUAACAUUUUAAUGUUCAACUGUAUUAUAAAACUGGCCAAAAAAAGACAUGUAUAUACAGAGGGCUUAAAGCUACUAUCAGUAUGUUCAAGCUAACCAUCAUACAGUGAAGGCGCGUGUUACAUGAAGUUUGUUAAUAUAAAACCUUCGUUGUGUGUGCUAUUCUUUUUUAUCUAAUUAUCAAUAAUUUUGGGUCAUUACCACAGUAAAAUUUGUUGGAAAAAUAUGAUUGGUAUAUACAAGUUAAGAAAUAUUUUUAUACUGAAUUAAACUCAGACAGCUGUUUCAGACGAAAUAGAAAAAUGCAGCACUUGUGUCGUUAGACCUGCCUCAGUAUAGCCUUGGGCAAAUAAAUCACCUUUUUGUCUCCCACACAAUUAAAAACAUUUAAUUAAAUUAACAGCAAAUUAAAUUUGGUUGUGUGACUGAUACGAGAGAGAGAAAUAUACAGCAAAAGCAUUCUGAUGCAAUAUAGGUAUAGAUAUAGCUCCACAGUUUCACCCCAGUGGCUGCAGAGAAGUGAACGACUUUUCAAAUGUUCAAUUAGCUUAAAAACUACUUUUCAAAAUGUUCUUUUUUGGAUGCAGAAGUGACAUAUAUUGCCAGCAUUAUGCCAUUUAUCUACCAAACAGAUAUUAUUACAGUAAGAUAAUUAUUGUAAAUAAGUCAAUUAAAACCAUGGUGGCCCAAGCAGUUUAUGUUUUGUUUGCUUUUAUUUAGUUGUGUGGAGCUCUGAUAACAUACUGAUAGUAGCUUUAACCAAUCCAUCCACCCCUAAAAAGAUUCUUGUAACCACCGCAGUGUAAAAUUAGAGGACUUUGCUGUUGCACAAAAACUACUCUAGAAAGAAUUAGGACAUGUUUCUCUUCAGUUCCUGAGCUUAUUGUUUAACUGAAUUAUUUGUAAAGCAGUUCAGCUUCAAACCUGUUGAAUCCACGCUGCAGUGGUGGUUAUGUUGUGUUUGGAUUGUAUUCAGCCCUGUUUAUAUUUCACAGAAAAUGUAUUGCUUUAAUUGCUGUGUUUGCAUUUGUGAAACUGGUUUAUCGACCCUUUGAAUUUGUACAAGCUGAGGGUCUUGGUAUGUUGUGGUUAGAUGAAGCACAUGACUAUUUCAUAAAGCACCACAAGCUUCUCCACAUGAUAAAUUGCAAAUGAGCAGAGCAAUAACAGCAAUGUUCCCUUACAGAGCACUGUAAAUAGUUUGCGCGUCAAAUGAAGCCCAAGUAGUCAGACGAAGCUGUGAAAGAAAAACAGAAAUGGCAGCUAUGCCAGGUAGGUAGGACAGAAUAAGAAAUCAUACAUUUAGUUGUGAAAGCAAGCCAGGUGUAUGAUGUCACAACCUUGCUUUGGGUGCUUUGCCCAUAAAGGAAAUAAAAAGCAAGUGUUAAAAUGAAUAUAGAUUUUAUUUUUAUUAAUUUAGUUUCACACUGGAAUGAAAUGUUCCAGUCACUAGUGCAAUACUUCUUAGCAUUAUUCUUCAAUGCCAGCCCAGACACAUGGAAGAUGUAAAACCAUCUAAGUGUUUUUGCUGCUUGGACAUCAUUCUUGCACCACGUUAGCUUGCUGCUGUUUAGUUCGUUCAUUCUGUGAAGAUGUUGUGCCACAGGACCCCCCCUCCCCACCCCAGGCUCUUCAGUGAUAUCUGGGCUGUUUGAUUUUAGUUAUAACAUUUGCAUGAUUAAAAAUUGUUGCUGCUUGAAAUGUAUGUGAAAUGUGAAUGUUUGAUUGUAACUACAGACUAUGACUACAAAAAAUACACUAAAACUCAAUAGCACAACUAUCCCCCCCCCCCCCCCCCCACACACACACAGAAGUGAUGACUGUUUAAGCGUUGUUUUUCAGUGAUUUCUAUUAUUAGAAUAAGCAACCAACUACAACCUUCCCACCCUGGUGUAAAGACUCUGCUCACAAUUACAAGUCUUGCAACUUAUAUUUCACUGAAUGAAAUAUCCAACAUUGUUACUGCUUGUUUUGCAAGCAAAACCAAUUCAAAAUGUUUGUGUGAUUGAUAAAGUUCACAAAAUGCCUUAAUACAAAUAGGACAUCUCUCCGUGCCCCAGAGGCCAAAUUUAAAUGGUUCUUUCAACUAUGGUACAAUUUCAAUCUGGAGUGGAGUCAGAUGUCCUCAGGGACUCUGUUCAAAAAGUAUUGAUCUAAAUACAUACUGAGAAAAGGUAUUCUACUUGUUAAGUAAGCUAUGAUCAAUAAAAAUAAAAAUAUAUGUUUUGCA